AUGGAAUCGGGCGCCUCAGUCAUACACUCAGCGACUCAGAAUUACCAUCGACCAUGGCACGCCAAGCCAAAGUAUCGACAAGACGUUGCCGUGGCUACAUUCUUUUCAGGCGAAACAACCCCCAGUGAUUCUGAACACGAAGACAACUACUUCAUCGCCGUUCGGACGUUAACAUAUCAACUGCGACAUUCACCGCAAACCCGUCUUGACCCAACCAUCCCGUUCAUCAUCCUGGUGACCCCCGAUGUAAUGCACGAGAAACGCAAACAGCUCACCCGCGACGGCGCGAUAGUGGUUGAAGUGGACAACGUCAAAUCCAAUCUCACCGUGCAUGAACCCCGCUGGCGCAACUGCUGGACAAAACUCCGUCUCUUCGAUCCCGAGAUCCUCCCGUUUGAAAGAGUCCUCUUCAUGGACGGGGACACGGUCCUGACCCGGCCCAUCGCCGGGGUAUUUGACGAUCCGGCCGCUCAGGUGAGAGACUCGCAGAAUGUCGCCGAGGAGCGCAAGUCAGAUGAAGCACCUCUACCGACAACGUAUCUGUUUGCCGGGAAGCCGGACGCCAUGACCUACAGCCAUUCGUAUCCCCCGGAUAUGUCUAGCAAUUAUCUCAACGCAGGAUUUUUCGUGUAUUCGCCCUCCACGGAGAUCAUGCAGUACUACAUGUCUGUUCUGGAAUUGGGAGGGCGAUUUGCACCGGACAUGCCGGAGCAGAACUUGCUCAACUAUGCUCACCGUGUGGAAGGGAAUAUGCCCUGGCAGAAGCUUCACUAUAGCUGGAACCAGAACUUUGUGACGCCCGAAGAUCUAAAGGAUAGUCCAGCUUCGUUACAUGUGAAGUAUUGGGAUGAGAGUCUUCAGGAGGAGGUGAUUGACUACGCUUUGAGGUGGAGGUGGGAGAUGGAGGGCUUUUGGGUGGGCGUGAAUCAGAGUAAGGAGAGAACCUCAGGAUUCUUUUGA